AUGGGGGUUCCCUUUGAAGCUCUUCUGCCAUAUGCAAUCAUGGUUGGCAUGUUCGGCGUUACAGGUGCUGGUCUGGCCUCAAUCCGGUACUACGCAAAUGACUUCAAGCAACCGAGAAGACAGGUAGAUCUGUGGGACAGGCAAAUGAUGGAAAGAGAUUACCGAUUGACUGGCAAAAUAAGAGGACAGUCAGAUGCUGUGGUGGCACCAGUCGGCUUUGAAGUAAACAGCAGGUGGAAGGCCGAGCCUCGCAUUACUUAA